AAUUAAUCGCUCCACCACUUUAUUUAUCUACGUAGACUGUAGUUUAGUUAUUUUUAUAUAAAUAAGUUCAUUUACACGUGCGUUGUGAUAACACACAUGUGAAGUGAAGUGAAGUGCAAGUGCUCGUGUUAACCACCGCGUACCGGUUCGAACCGGUUAGUUUCGCUUCUGUCCGGUUGAAUCCGGUUACGCCCGGUGAGGCCGGCGUCUGGGCCCGAUGUUGGCGGCGUCAUGGCGUUCAUGACGAAGAAGAAGCGAUAUAAGUUCGAGGUGCAGUGCUGCCUCGAGGAGCUCACCGAGGUGCCCUUUGUGUCUGCUGUGCUUUUCGCUAAGGUGCGGCUGCUCGACGGCGGCAAUUUUCAGGAUCAUUCUAGCAGGGAGGAGGUUCACAAGCACGCCGUGCGGUGGAACGCGAACUUCUCGUUCGUGUGCAAGAUGUGCGCGAACGCGAACACUGGCGUGCUCGAACCGGCGCUUCUGCGCGUCUCCGUUCGCAAGGAAUGCAAAGGUGGCAGGUCGUACCAGAAACUAGGUUUCUGCGACGUGAAUCUCGCGGAGCUGGCGGGCGCUGGCGAGACCACGCGCCGCUGCCUGCUGGAGGGGUACGACCCCCGCCGCCGGCAGGACAACUCGGUGCUCAGGAUACGCAUCAAAAUGAACAUGAUCUCGGGGGACCCGCUCUUUAAAGUGCCCGAGCGCAAGCAAGAGGUGCCCGAGAAGACGGGCGGCGACAGCGGCUCGGAGAGCGCGCCGGCGGCGGACGACGACUGCGCCUCGUCCACCGCCAGCUCGGGCUUCGGCUCGCUCACCAAGAAGAAGAACUACGAGGGAGUUACCCCCGCGCUGUCCUCUCUGCCCUCGUGUGAGCUGUCCUCUCCGGAGACAGAGGAUGCGCCCCCGCCGCCCUCGCUGCCGGCGACUCUUACCAGCCUACCUGACUACCCCGGACUCAUGGUGUCGUCGCAAGGUACAGGCGUAGUGGGCGUGGGCUCGGGAGUGGGCGUGGGCGUGAGCGUGGGGUGCGCAACAUGUCUACAGCAGCAACACACACACUCUAGAAAUUCUUCCAAUACCUCCGGUGACAUGAGUAGCAAGGCGUCAGGAUAUGGUAGCUCAGUGUCAGCGGCGUCCGCGCACUCCCGACAGAGUUCAGAAGGAGAGUCGGCCGGAGACUCCAGGCCCCAUCACAACAGCGUGCGCCUGGAGCGGACCACCACCGUCACGACCGCGCUGCUGGCGCCCUGCAAGCACGGCCGCUCGCUGGCCAAGCUGCUGCUGGAGCGCUCGGUGCUGACGGAGAGCUCGGACCUGUUCCUGUCGCCCGACAGCACGCUCAAGUCGCCCGAGCCCUGCCUCGCGCCGGACGUGGUGCCGCGCCAGGCGCGCUCGCCCUCCAGCGAGGAGUACGCUACGCCGGACGGCACGAUAGCCGACGAGCACUCGUUCGCGAUGCCGACCUACUUCGACCGCAAGAGGAAGGCGGCCUCGAUCGUGGCGUCGGCGGUGCAGCCGCUCGCGAACUUCCAGAUAUUCAAGCAGAAAUCGCUGAACACGAUCCCGGCGCUGAUCGAGAGGAGCAAGCGGACCGAGGAGCUGUUCACGAACUUUCCCUUUCUGACGCCGCUGGCGCACCGGAAGAACUCGCUCGUGUCGAACUCGAACCGGCUGUCGGGCUGCUUCGAAGACGAGUUCUACUGCAUCCCGGCGCUGGAGGCCGACGGUGGUUCGUUGGAGCACGUGGACGUGCGACAUCGCUUCCGAAGCCUGUCCAACCGGGCGCUGGGCGAGGGACUCACGUCCACGCCCAAGGCCGACGAGCGCCGCUCCUACGACGAGCGCGCCAGGUGCGCGGCAGGCGCGCCGGGCGCGGCGAGCGACGCGGGGGCGGCGGGGGCGGCGGGCACGCGGCGGGCGGGCGGCGCGCGCGAGGGCUCGCUGCCGCGCCGCGCCGGCGCGUGCGUGCGGUACGGGGCGCGGCCGGCGUGCGCCGCGCCCCUCGCCUACGUGUUGAACCCGUCGUCGGGCUCGCUGACGGCGUCCGCGUCCGAGAGCGGCUCGCUGGAGCGCGCGCGCGCGCACGAGCGCCGCGCGCCGCCCGCCGACGACCAGCACGUGGUGUCAUGUCGCGUGGAGAACACACGCGUGAACCCCGACUCGCUGAUCGACGAGCUGCUGGCCGCCACCGACCUCAAACACGCCGUCGACGACGCCGCUGAGACGUCGGGCCUGCAGCUGUACAUCACGCGCGACGGCACGGCGGAGCUGGGCUCGCGGCGGCGCCAGCAGCUCGCGCGCCGCGACUACCAGCGCGUCGUGCUGCACCCGCACGACAACAGGUAGCCGCCGCCCAUCGAGGAGGGCGGCGAGCCCCCGCGCGAGCCCUGACCCCGCCCGCGCACAGGACGGCGCGUGCUUACCGCGGCGGUGUGCUGAGCGUGGAGCGUGGACUGCGGACUGAACCGCCCCCUCGCCUGUCUCGCGUCUCGUGCGUCGCGAGUGCGCCCUGCGGUCGCCGCUAGUUCGACGUGUGCGUUUCGUGUCCUCCGUACUCUAGUUAAUAUUUAAAUUCGUAUCCGCACAUGUUUUUAUCUAUUUAUUUAUUUAACCGCGACGAAGUGCUCACGUAACAGGUGCUAGGCGAUGCGCGACCGACGGCGGGAUCGUAGUUUUCGUGUUACUCGUAAUUUAAAUGUUUACUAAUAACUUUAUCAAUCGACCGUCGCCCCGCCGGUGUCUCGACGCCGGCUCCUCCGCUGCGACGCUACACUUCCGAGUCCAUCCAGUUUUCCGUUUUUAUAAGUGAAAUUUUGUAAAUAUUCAACGAAGUGCCAAACGGCUCGUCCACACGGGUGGAAGAUACGUGCCGAGAGCGGGCACGCGCCGUGCGGAGAGGUUCAUCUAAGUCAUUCCUGUAUGUUAAAGCUUAAGCGUGGCUUGCCGUUAACAGUGACGUCGGCGUCGCCGCGCGGCCGGCGCCGGCGCUCGUAAUAAAUAAUUGCGCAGAAAGUGUGAUGGCGUGCGCGCCUUGUUAUUGUAUCAUAUUGUCUUGUAAUACAGCCUGUACAGUAUUUGAAUAAAGGACGUGUUUAGAACUA